AAUCGCCCUACGGUGCACACGGACAGAACGUCACUCCACCCAUCACCCACCUCCUCCGGGCUCCAUUAAAUUGUGAAAUUUCUUGCGGCUGGUCAUAGUCAGUUUGGGAUCGUUUUGGAUAAUUCUCGGAUUUCUUAAUUCGACCUCGAAAUGCUGUCCAAGUGCGUCUUGCGCUUCACCAGAUUGAGGCAGUUGCCGCAAUCUACGUCGAACCAUCUUUUGCGAGAUUACUCGUCAGAUGGGAAGCAUAGACCCGAGAGGAAUAAGUUCAACAUCCGAGAUGAAGUGCUGGACGGACGUCCCUUGUAUUUGGACGCUCAGGCCACUACGCCGUUGGAUCCCAGAGUUUUGGAUGCCAUGCUUCCCUAUCUAACGAACUACUAUGGAAAUCCACACUCCCGGACCCAUGCCUAUGGCUGGGAAACAGAAGAAGCCGUUGAGAAGGCAAGAAAACAAGUCGCGUCUCUAAUCUCAGCUGAUCCUCGUGAAAUUGUUUUCACUUCAGGUGCAACUGAAUCGAACAAUCUCGCCUUGAAGGGUGUUGCAAGAUUUUACAGUAUGAAAAAGAAGCACAUCAUCACGACACAAACAGAACACAAAUGUGUUUUGGAUUCAUGCCGAGCUUUGGAAGGGGAAGGUUUUAGUGUUACAUAUUUACCUGUUCAGAGUAAUGGAAUCAUAGAUAUUAAGGAAUUUGAAAAGGCAAUAACCGAGCAUACAUCACUCGUGUCAAUUAUGACAGUGAAUAAUGAAAUAGGAGUAAAGCAACCAAUAGCUGACAUCGGAGCGAUAUGUCGGGCAAAGAAGGUCUUUUUCCACACAGACGCCGCACAAGCGAUUGGAAAAAUUCCAAUUAACGUGAAUACAAUGAAUAUCGAUCUUAUGUCAAUAUCAGGCCACAAAAUUUACGGCCCAAAGGGUGUUGGGGCCCUAUACGUUCGUCGAAGACCCCGGGUGCGCUUGGAACCUAUUCAAAGUGGCGGUGGACAGGAACGUGGUUUACGCAGCGGCACUGUACCGGCACCCUUAGCAGUGGGAAUUGGUGAAGCUUGUGAAAUAGCUCAACGAGAGAUGGCAUAUGAUCAUAAAUGGAUGGAGUUCCUUUCGAAUCGAUUGUUGGAUAAAAUUAUGACAGCUUUGCCCCAGGUUAUUCGGAAUGGAGAUGCUAAUCAGACAUAUCCUGGUUGCGUGAAUUUGUCGUUUGCUUAUGUUGAGGGUGAAUCCUUGUUGAUGGCGUUGAAGGAUGUAGCUUUGUCUAGUGGGUCGGCUUGUACGUCUGCUUCGUUGGAACCGUCUUAUGUGUUGCGAGCGAUUGGUACGGAUGAGGAUUUAGCGCACAGUUCUAUUAGGUUCGGAAUGGGUCGCUUCACAACCGCCGAAGAAGUUGACUACACAGCCGAGAAAUGUAUUAAACACGUUGAGAGGUUGCGUGAAAUGUCACCACUCUGGGAGAUGAUCCAGGAAGGAAUCGAUAUAAAGACAAUUCAAUGGUCACAGCAUUGAACGACAUAUUUUGUUCGUUAAUUGUUUUGUGUUCAGCUAAUAAUUCUGUCGAUUUCUUUCCACAUUAAAUUAAUCAGCGAUUCUCUACUCGAUAGACGGAUUAAUUGUAUUUCAAACGUGAUAAUGAAAAGUCGAGAUUUAUUUUUUUAUCAGACCGAGAUUUCAUACUUCAUGCUAUUGAGUCAAUGCGCAGUUUUUUUCUUUCUUUUCCAGGUAGAUAGCCAUCAAAUGUUAUUGAAUGUUAGUGUGUAUGAUUUUUAGGGGACGUUUUAUGAUGAUUAUUGUUUGUCUGUUUUGUAAUCGUUCCGAGAUAAAGAAAUUUAUAAAAAUUAUGAUUAAAAUUGAACUGAAAUUCUGGAGAAUUUAAAGAUAGGACUAAGAAUUGGCAUUCAAGUAAAUCUCUGUCAAAUAUUAUUUGAAUUAGAUUUAAUUUUGUAGAAAUAGUAUUCUAGCAAAGUGAGCAAUUAAAGCAACAGUUAAUUUAGAAAUACUAGAAACUCAGUGUUGAGCAAUAGAUCUAGCUAUGAUAUAUUUGGACAGAUAUUAAAAAAAUAUUAUGCAAAAUUGGCUUGACUGCUAUUCCUCCACAGAAAUUAGUUUCAUUAUUUGAGGCAAUAAAAGCGCUUUGAGCUCAGUCUAAA